AUGCACAGCCUACGAGAGUUGGCUCAGAACAAGCCAAUUGUACCUCUGGAGUAUUUUCUUGAGAAAGUAGUCUGGCCUGAAGCUCAACUUCCAUUAGUGAGAACCAAUGAGGCUACUCCGUUGGAGCCCACACCGGCACAGGUUGAACCAAUGCCAGCCGAGCCACGAACUCCAGUGGUGAAUCCACCUCCUUCUCCUGAGCUUGAAGUAGUUCCCCCAUCUCCACCUCUGAUUAUCAUCUCUUAUGCAUCAUCAAAUGAAGUUGUUGCCCCUUCUAAUUCGCCAGCUGAAGAAACAGUUGACCCCCCUGCUUCCCCAGUUGGAGGAAUUGUUGAUCUUUCUGAUUCGUCAUCUGGAGAAGUUGUUGCUCUCACUGAUUCCCCAGUAUAG